UGUGCAUAAAUUACAACGGUCAUGAAUUAAACCGGCGGGCUACAAAUGAGUUAUUCAAAAGCAAAGUAGUUUAGUUUUAGGCUAGGCCUUAAAUUAGGUUGUUUAUCAUUUCGUUUAAGUGAUAACCGUUUGGAUAUGAAAGAGUCAAAAAGAAGAAUACCGUUACGUCAGCAGAGGUUGUGUUGUCGCCAACAAGGCAUCUUAUCAUUGCCAGAUGAGCUGCUUCUUCUUAUAUUCAAGGGUGUUGCCUGCAAGGAUCUACUUAAAAUAAGACAAGUUCAUCCACGAUUCAAGGAGCUUGUUGAUGCCACUCCUAGUUUAUGGAAAAAUGCAAGUUUUGUUGCUGAAUGGCCGUCGACUAAUAAUUUAAAUUUGUUUGAAAGGGCUGCAAAGCAAGGAAAUAUAGAGGCAUUGAUCAAAUUAGGGGUAGCAUACUUAUACUAUGAAGGAGCAGUGACAGACAGUGGGAGGAAGGACACAGAAUACAAUGGCCAAAUGGCAGCCAAGUACUUUCGUAAAGCUGAAAUUUGCUCAAAUGUUGCAUCUACCUUUAUGUGGUUGUUCAUCCGUCCCCCCUGGAAUACUAACGGUGCUUGCUGCAAGGCCUGCGUACUCAAUAGUAUGCAGAGUUCCUGCCGAAAUAACAAGAGUAAUGAUCCAUCUGUCUUGAUGUGCAUCGCAAAAACUUAUAGUCUCUCAGAGGAGGAAGAAAUGGAGAAAAACGCAAAAAUGUGGCUUGAGAAAGCGUAUCAAGCCGGCUCUCACGAUGCUGCAUAUUUACUUUGGAAAAACUCACAAUCCAUUCCGGGAUCUGUUAUUAAUAAUGAUCUUCACUCAAUUAGGAAACUGCGAGAGAUUGCAUCAAGUAGAUGCUUAGAUGCAAAGCUUGAAUUAUAUUCUGCAUACUGUAAAGGGUUUUAUGGAGGCCUAUCAUCUCAGCAAGUCACUUCCACUUUAAGGCAAUUCUUCCAAUCUUCCAUCCCAACCAACAAUCAGAAUCUUUACAGGGUACAGAAAUGUCUCAAUAAUGAGAUGAGAUAUAUUCUAGUUGAUUGGUUAGUAGAAGUGACAGGGAUGAAAGACUAUUCUUCAUUGACAUUACAUACGACAAUCUCCUGCAUCGAUCGUUACCUCAUGUCACGCAAAAUCACACGUGCCGACCUUCAGUUAGUUGGAAUUGCAGGCAUGGUUGUUUGUGCUAGAUUACUGGAAAAUGAUAUAAUUACAAUAAGAGAGGCUGCAUGGUUGACUGAUGGAACCUAUCAGUAUGAGGAUGUUGUAAGAAUGCUGGGAGAUAUUGUAGCAACACUUCAUGGCAAUCUACGGGUUUUGACUAUAGUUGACUAUCUCAACCUGCUCUGUUUACUGGUGUCAGCUGACAAAAAAAUAAAGGACAUGGCUUUAUACAUCUGUGAGAUUUCAUUACUCCAUUCAGACUUUGGCCCUGCACCACCAGCUAAGAUCGCAUCAUGUGCAUUAUACCUGGCAAGAAUAAUAUUCAAUGCAGAAUACCCCUGGUCAUCGACUAUGACUCUGUCUACUGGCUUUGAUAUUAGUGACCUUGAAGAAACCACUCUUAAGAUGCAUAGAAAAUGUUUCUCUGAGAGCCCCUUGACGGAUCAUCGGGAAGUGACACUAGUAGCAGUAAAACAACGCUACGCUUCGAAGGAACUAAGCAGUGUCAGUAGCAUUGAGUGCAUGCCAUAUGCAGUACUGUGUGACCUCCUUGGUGUCGAAUCAAGGACAUCAACAGUCGUGAGUCAUUCCAAGUUACCCGCCAUAGAAUCAUUCCUUAUGUCACCAUCAUCCAAAAAGAGACCAGCCGAUAUCAACGACGAAGAGGGAGGAAGUCGUCCGCGGCCGGUGACGCCGACUGCUGUGCUUGGGAUGCAGAAUAAUGCUGCAAACAUGGACAAUAAUCCCAAUGACAGUUUCUGUUCGAUAAAUUCCGGAUACGAAGGCGAUGAGGAAAGUGAAGGAGAGUUUGAUAGCUUUGUCUAUGAAGAAUUUGCAUUGUUAAACGAAAACAAGCAAAGUAGUGAACGUAUACGUAUGGAGUUCAACCUACAGAGUAAGAAUUGUAAUUUACCGUCAACAGAUGUCAAACCGUGUGUAUCUGUACUGUGCAACUCGCCUUCAAAAGUAUGUGCUAAAGAACCAAAAGCUAACCAUUCCAAAGUAAUCGUGCGUGAUCCCAACUGCAACUAUGAGUCCACGACGUGCACUAAGAAACGCAAAAGCAGGGGGCGUAGUUUUACCAUUGGAGGUGGGGGUAAGCUGGGGAUGAGGAGGAGCAGACCUGCUCUGUUAAGUGUACAUAAAAGAGUGUACCACCUUCGUAACAGUUCUCAUCAGCUUGUUGAACCAGAAAGCGGGCCAUCAAAUGUAAACCGCAAGUCUAUGCAACAUCUACGAAUGUGAGAUUUAAGAAAUGGAAUUUUGUUUUCCCUUCUUUUAUACUGCCAGUUUUAAAUUUAACCCCAAGGAAAGAUGUACAGAUUUGCUUUCAAAUGUUAUAUAUUGUUUUAUACUACAAAUUUUGUAUGAUUUUUGUAUCAUGCCAAAAAUAGAAUUCAAUUAUUAUAAUUAUCAUUAAUAUUUUUAUUAUAAUAAUUCUAAUAAUUAUUGUAACUAUUCAUGUUGUCUUUAUUAUGAUUGUAUUACUAUAUUAUGAUGAUUAAUAAGUUCAGCAUAUGCCUAAAUGCAGCUAAAUUGUGGCACAAGUUUAAUUCAAGAUUAGAAAUUCAAACUACCAGGCGAGUACAACUAGUAAUACAGUUGUAUUCUGGAGUUACAAUAAAAGAUUGUGUUGCCUGGCUGAAAUAUGCACUUUUCCAAAUUUGAAUUUGAUAGCUUACCUAUAUUAAACAAAUAAUGAAUGUUAAUGAGUGCAAUGGGAAGAAUAUUUCCAUGAGUUGAAUUAUUGACUGUUCCAUUCGACGAGGUGGAGUCAAAUUGAAUGGAACAGUCGAUCAUUCAACGAAUAAAAAUAUUCUUUCCAUUGCACGAAUAAAAAACCUUCAUUAUUUGUUUUAUAACACAUCUUAAAUUGUCCAGCAUCUUUUAACCAAUCCAAAGAUUGUAUUAGGCUGAAGUCAUGUUGUAUCCUAGACGCUGUGCAAUGGAGUUGAAAAUGCACAGUGGAACUAAAUUUCCAUGAUGAGUGACGAAAUAGGGUAAAUAACCACUGUCACGCACUACGAAAUCCACCAGUCAAAUGAUAAGAAUCUAUUUAGGUGUGUUAUAAAUUUCACUAGCCAAAGUUGAGUGAUGGUCAGCUAUGAAUGCUACUAGCAUUAGGCCUAAGACUAUAGUAAGGAAAACAUUCUGAUUGUCCACAUAGUAAGGCAAAACCUAAAUGUUUGGCCUUAUUCUGUAGUCAAUCUAAUUUGUACAGUUAGUUAAUUUUUUUCAAUUUAAUUUUUAAUUUAUUUUUAUAUGAUAAAAUUUAUAUUAUAUUCUUUUAUGUUGAUUUAAAUGUGUCUGUAAAUCUGUGAGCUAUCUCAUAAGGAAAAGAAAUUCUGUUUUUGAUAGAAAAUGUUUUGGAUAAAAAAAAAUGUAAAACCAGAUUUCCAGGUAUAUUACUUAAGAAUCUCAGCAUGUUCUUGAAAUUUGAUCCCUUACAGACUGAGUUUUAUAAAUCAUAAUUAUUUAAAUUCAGUAUUUGAAUUAAUUAAUUUUUAAAUCUUUUUUUUUUAUUAUAAAAGUAAUAGCAUACAUUUUCCGAGCCAUUUAACCAAUAUAUAAAUAUAAAUGUGUUGAUUCAAUAUAUAAAUAAUAUACCCAUAUAUGGACAAUGUACUGUAUAUCCAAAUGUGAACUUUCAGUGAAUGAAGUAUAAACAGAAAGUUUGCAGUAAACUACAGCAUUAGGAAACUUAAAUCAGGUAAAAUGUUCAGUACUUUAUGAUUUCUUAUUCAGUAUACUGUAGUAUUAAAAUGUAAUAAUAUGCUGCCAAAACAAAUGCAUUCCAAAUGUUUAAUGUUAUGCAAAUGUGUAUUUGAUAUUUGAUAGACUUUUGUCUACCUCAGAACUGUGUCAUGCAUGUGGCCCUCUCUCCUAUUUGGUACUGUAUCUUUGAAUUCUGGUCCUCUUAAAAUGUAAGUUUUUUUCAAUAUAUUUAUUAUCGCAGUGAGUUAAAAUGUUACUGUAAAAGUAUUUGUGACAUUUCUUGGAUUUUAUUUAUUAUUCUCCGAUUGUAAAUACAAAAAGUAUGCCGAUUAAAUGACUAAGUUAAUCA